GGUGCACCAGAAGCCGCCGUGCCGGGGCGUUGCGCUAUGCCGGGCCAUGCACCAGCGGGCCUUCCAGCACUAUCUACAGCAACAUGGGGACCUCCUCCCGGCGAAGACUACUGCAGCCGCACAGCACCUCCACCCCAGCGCUGGUGCCACACCGGCGUCCUCCUCGGGAACCCCCUACCUGCCCAAGACUGGUGCAGCUGGUGCUGGUGCGCACAGUGCUACAACUUCUAUGCGGGGUGGCAACAACAUGCUGGCGCCCGAGCACCAGAUGCCGGGCGGCUACAACAUGGAUCCUAGGUUUGGACCGAAUGGGCAGCAGCAGCAACACACACAGGGUAGUGCGUUGAUGUACAACAGUAUCGCAUGAAAAAUAAAUCGGUUUCACUGUUGUACGGUAGGCAACCGGUUGCAUUAAACUAGUGACGCACGACGACCAAUAACAGGGAAUUUAUGCAGGAUGAACUUCUACACAGGAGAAAGAGUCGAUGUGUCGCCGGAGAUGUUGCAAAGACGGAUGAAAUUUUCAUGUUCCCUCAGGAGGUGGAACGUAUGAAAUUUUCAUGCGAGAAAUUCAUCUUCCGCACAGCCAUACUAUAGAUACAGUGAAAUAUGAUUUUUUCGUGCGAUAUUAAACAGCUACAACCAGCAGCAGCAAACGAACAACCCAAAUCUACUGCCCUACGGGAAGAUGUACGACGGCACCACCGUGGGGACACCCGGAGGAGGUCCGCCCCCUCCACCGUGGGGGCAGACACCGCAGAGCGGCGUGCCACCACCCCCGCCAGGUUCCGCCCCGCACCCGUUUCCGCCCGGCCACCCCGGGGCGCCGGUUCUGGGGAUGAUCCAAGUGCAACAACUACCUCCACACCCGCUGGGGCACCACCCGCAGCAGCCCUUCGGCGGUCAAAUAAAGGCGUCGUCUUCGUCCUCCAGUGCGCAGCACCAGCUAACGGUGAUCAGCGGCCGCCUCGGACACAGCACGCACC